AGCGCCAGCGCGGCCGUACCACGUCCCGGAAGUGCCGUGCCGAGUUCCCGCCUUAAAGGGGCCGCGCUGCGCUGCGCAUGGCGCGGGCCGGGCACGGCGGGGGCCCAGCGGCGGCGGAGGAGGGCGAGGACCCGCUGGACGCCCGGAUCGCGCGGACCGGCUGCCUGGAGCAGCACCGGCAGCUGCAGGAGUGCAUGGCGGAGCGGCAGGACUGGCGGCACUGCCAGGAGCAGCUCCGCGCCUUCGGUGCCUGCAUGGCCCGGCGGGAGCGGCGGCGGCAGCGCGGGCCCAGCCCUGCCCGGCCCCCGCACUGAUCACCGCCCCUCCUGGCUUUACUUUCAUCCCAGCGCUUGGAAAGCCAGCGGGAAUUGCUGGGAAAUUAAAUCUGGAGUUUGGCA